AUGGGUUCGGGGCUCGGGGCGCUGCUUCGGAAGACGGACGCGGAGGUGAAGACCACGUACAUCCUGUCCACGGCGGCCGUCGCCGGCUUCCUCGCGCGAGAGGAUGGCAAGCGCUCGGCUGCCAAGAAGCCUUCUUCUGCUACAACGACGGACAGGCCGGAUCUCCAGGAGCACUUGGCCAACGCCUGCCACGUGAUCUGCAUGAAGGUGCGGCAGGAGGUCACGAACGAGCCCGCCUUGCGGGGCGCACCCUCGGGCAGGCCGUCCACACAAUGGCAAGCCGGCCUUCUUUGUGCUCGUGUCCUCUGGCGGGCCUUGUUCGCCGCAGCUGCCGCCAAGGCUCCAGCCUCCAAGAGGGCCGUUCCUGGGGUCUUCAUGGCAGCGUGCGAAGGGCUGAAGCAGGGCUCUCAGAAGCUCCUGACCAAGAUCUGGCGCGAGGUUCAGGUGCAGUUCACCUCCAAGGAGAACAAGUACCGUAACAUGAAGAGCCGACCGGCGUGGUCUGUGAUCGAGGGCCACCAGUACGAGGUCUUUGGCAAAGAUCGCGGCUAUGGCAUAUGCGAUCCAUCUCUAGUGGCUCCCUCCUCUGCAGGCACCAAGCCGGCGUCGAACCUUCAAGACCACCUCGAAGAGGUCUUAGCUUUGAGGUUCUUCGUGGAUUGGAUGAGCCUGUCCAUGGAGGACGCCCAGGAGUUUCUGGAUCAAGCCACCAAGCGCGCCUACAAGAGACCCGUGCUGAAGCCCAAAGCUGCACCGGACCCCGUCUCGCAGCAGCUGGCGGCCCUGAAGGAGAAGACGGUCGACUCGUUCUCCUUGAUGUGGACAGACGAUGCAGAGCUUCGUGGCGUUGCUUCGCUGGCCAUCCGGCUCAUGGAUGGUUUGGAAGGGCCCAGUGCCUUGACCUUCGCAGCGACGUUCGUCGGGCAGAUGCUGCUCGCAAUGUGGAAGGGCGUCGCACCUAUGCUGGCUCACCAUGCAGCCACAGGCAUCGCGCGCAUCGCCGAGUCGCAUGCAGCGCUGGGUCGCCUUCCUGCUCCGCAGCUACCGGAGCCAGACUCCACCACGUCACGGACGGCCGUCUUCGACCGAGUUGCAUCGUCGUAUGACCGAGCCUCGAAAGACUGCGAGGAGUUGGUGAACGCUUUGCCCCGAGGGGUGUUGGGAUCCAUCAUCAAGGCGCAGGCGACCUUCCGUGGCUACAUCUUCCGGGCCCGGUACUUCGCAAAAGCCCGCGCUGUCGCUGCUUACUGCAAGGCUGUGGCCUGGCCGGAGCUGCACCCACAGCUGGAGGGCGAGACCAUGGACCUGGCUUCAGACAAAGACAAGAAGAAAAAGAAGUCGAAGAUGGACAAGACCGGCAUGGCAAGCAACAAAGCCGAUACCUCGAACCUCAACCAGACGAUUAGCGACUUCCAGCCGACGGUCUCUAAGUACUUGGGCGGCGAGGGAAACGCUGCAGCGAAGCAUGCUCCGGCUUCGCCUACAGCCUCGCCCAUGCGCAACACAAUGAACUCCACAAUGGGUUCGACCAAGGGCUCGAUGAUGGGAACGCAGGAAGUCCGCAACCGAGCCUGGCCGUUGCCUACGGCGGACCACCGAGCCUGCGCAGACCUCUUUGCGCUCUACAUGUACAACCUGUAUCGGCGGAAGGAGCUGACCAACAUGUGGUCCACACUAUGCAAGGCCUACGAGCGAGGCCUGCCGCGGGAUCUGCGAUCAGAGCCGCUGCUGUUGGUUUAG